CAACCCAAGGGUUUAUAGUAACGCCAGCGAGGAGCUGAAGGAUGUGGCAUGCUCCGCUUGGAUGAGGCAGGAUUGCUUUAAGCAGUAAGCUUAGUGUUUUCAGAUAGCAUUAGCAGCAUCCCUGAUGUAGCAGCUCUGCCGGUCUCCUUCUCUAACCAGACGACUGUGUGUGCACAGGGGACGGAGAGAAGAAUACUGGAGAUUUAAUAUUUUGAAGAAGCACACUUAUCACUUGCUAAUGGAGAGACCUGACGGGUUUUUUUGCUAGCCCAGAAGAUGCCUGAAAGAUAGCUAGCUGAGUGUGAUACAUUUCUACUACAAGACAGGGGAUGCUCUCUGGGAAUAAAAAGGUCAUGCAGCUUGGAAUCGGUGAGCCAUUCCAGUCUCUAAGUCACCAGAGAAAUGACGAAGAGGCAGUGGUGGACCGAGGUGGAACGCGCUCCAUUCUGAAAACACAUUUUGAAAAGGAAGACUUAGAAGGUCACAGAACUUUGUUUAUUGGGGUCCAUGUGCCACUGGGAGGAAGGAAAAGCCACCGACGCCAUAGGCAUCGUGGACACAAACACCGAAAGAGAGACAGAGAACGAGAUUCAGGAUUAGAAGAUGGCAGAGAGUCUCCUUCAUUUGACACACCUUCACAGAGGGUACAGUUCAUUCUUGGAACAGAAGAUGAUGAUGAGGAGCACAUCCCACAUGACCUGUUCACAGAGCUUGAUGAACUCUGCUGGCGUGAAGGAGAGGAUGGCGAGUGGAGGGAGACGGCCAGGUGGCUGAAAUUUGAAGAGGAUGUUGAAGAUGGAGGAGAGAGAUGGAGUAAACCAUACGUCGCCACUUUGUCACUCCAUAGUUUGUUUGAAGUGAGAAGUUGUAUUCUUAAUGGCACAGUGUUGCUAGACAUGAGAGCAAAUUCUUUAGAAGAAAUUGCAGACAUGAUUCUGGAUCAACAAGUAGGCUCUGGACAGCUUAGUGAAGACGUUCGGCAUAGGGUACAUGAAGCUCUGCUGAAGCAGCACCACCAUCAGAACCAGAAGAAACUGAGCAAUAGGAUCCCAAUAGUUAGGUCCUUUGCUGACAUUGGCAAAAAGCAGUCUGAACCUCAUUCCAUGGACAAAAAUGCAGGUCAGAUUGUUUCCCCACAGUCUGCACCAACUAACACUGAAACCAAAAAUGAUGUGAGCAGAGAAAACAGUGCUGUUGAUUUCAGCAAGGGACUAGGAGACCAACAAAAAGGGCAUAACAGUAGUCUAUUUGGGAUGAAACAAAGACAUGAAAAAGGACACCUGCAUCAGGAGGAGAGAGAGAGAGAGGUUGACCUGCAUUUCAUGAAAAAGAUUCCUCCUGGAGCUGAAGCUUCAAACAUUUUGGUUGGUGAGCUUGAAUUCUUGGAACGUGCUGUAGUUGCUUUUGUCAGGCUGUCUCCUGCCGUGCUGCUUUCAGGACUAGCAGAAGUUCCUAUUCCAACAAGAUUUUUAUUUAUUCUUCUGGGACCCCUAGGAAAAGGUCAACAGUACCAUGAGAUUGGCAGGUCUAUUGGAACAUUAAUGACAGAUGAGGUGUUUCACGAUGUUGCUUAUAAAGCUAAAGAUCGUAAUGACUUGCUUGCUGGGAUUGAUGAGUUUCUUGAUCAAGUGACAGUCCUUCCUCCUGGAGAGUGGGACCCAGCCAUUCGUAUAGAGCCCCCUAAAAAUAUUCCUUCUCAGGAGAAACGUAAGAUUCCAGGUGUGCCAAAUGGAACUGCUGCUCAUGGAGAGCAAGCACCAAUUGGAGGACAUUCAGGACCGGAAUUACAACGUACUGGAAAGCUUUUUGGGGGCUUGAUUUUGGAUAUCAAGAGGAAAGCCCCGUUCUUUCUGAGUGACUUCACAGAUGCAUUCAGUUUGCAGUGUCUAGCGUCGUUUCUGUUUCUCUACUGCGCUUGCAUGUCUCCAGUUAUCACAUUCGGAGGUCUCCUGGGAGAAGCAACGGAAGGUCGUAUAAGUGCAAUAGAAUCUUUGUUUGGUGCAUCUAUGACUGGGAUUGCCUACUCACUCUUUGGUGGGCAGCCUCUUACCAUCCUAGGUAGCACAGGACCAGUUUUGGUGUUUGAAAAGAUAUUAUUCAAAUUUUGCAAGGAUUAUGGACUGUCUUACCUUUCUUUGAGAGCAAGCAUUGGCUUGUGGACUGCCAUUCUGUGCAUCAUUCUUGUGGCAACUGAUGCCAGCUCCUUAGUGUGCUACAUUACUCGGUUUACGGAAGAAGCCUUUGCAUCCCUUAUCUGCAUCAUUUUCAUUUAUGAGGCCUUAGAAAAGCUCUUUCAUCUCAGCGAGACAUAUCCGAUCGAUAUGCAUAAUAAUUUGGAACGACUGACACAGUAUUCAUGCAGCUGUGUGGAGCCAGACAAUCCCAGCAAUGAAACUUUGCAAUACUGGCAGUCCAAGAAUGUGUCUGCAUAUGAUAUACCUUGGGGAAACCUAACUGUGAUGGAAUGUCACAAAUGGCAUGGGACAUUUGUAGGACGAGCCUGUGGACAUCAUGGUCCUUACGUCCCAGAUGUUCUCUUCUGGUCAGUCAUCUUAUUCUUUUCUACAGUUACACUAUCGUCCACGCUGAAGCAGUUCAAGACCAGUCGAUAUUUUCCAACCAAGGUUCGGUCUGUAGUGAGUGACUUCGCGGUCUUUCUGACCAUCAUGUGCAUGGUUUUGAUAGACUAUGCCAUUGGGAUUCCAUCACCAAAGCUUCAGGUUCCAAGUACUUUCAAGCCCACCAGAAAUGAUCGUGGCUGGUUUAUCACACCCGUGGGUCCUAAUCCUUGGUGGACAGUCCUGGCUGCUGUGAUUCCAGCUCUUCUUUGCACUAUUCUGAUAUUUAUGGAUCAGCAGAUUACAGCUGUUAUUAUAAACAGAAAGGAGCAUAAAUUAAAGAAGGGCUGUGGAUAUCACCUGGACUUGAUGAUGGUGGCCAUCAUGCUUGGGGUGUGCUCCCUUAUGGGUCUGCCAUGGUUUGUGGCUGCCACCGUUCUCUCCAUUUCUCAUGUGAACAGCUUAAAGCUGGAGUCCGAAUGUUCUGCUCCAGGAGAACAGCCCAAAUUUCUUGGCAUCCGCGAGCAACGUGUCACAGGACUCAUGAUAUUUGUCCUUAUGGGGUCAUCUGUGUUUUUGACCAGAAUUCUCAAGUUUAUUCCCAUGCCCGUGCUUUAUGGCGUAUUUCUGUAUAUGGGUGCCUCUUCUCUAAAAGGAAUUCAGCUUUUUGACAGAAUCAAGUUAUUCUGGAUGCCUGCCAAGCACCAGCCGGACUUUAUCUACCUGAGACAUGUUCCUCUCCGGAAAGUCCAUCUCUUCACAGUAAUCCAGCUGAGCUGCCUCGUGCUUCUGUGGGUGAUCAAGGCUUCGAGAGCUGCCAUUGUGUUUCCAAUGAUGGUCUUGGCAUUGGUGUUUGUCAGAAAACUCAUGGACUUAUUUUUCACCAAACGCGAGCUAAGCUGGCUGGAUGAUUUGAUGCCUGAGAGCAAGAAAAAGAAACUUGAAGACGCUGAAAAAGAGGAGGAACAAAGUAUGUUAGCAAUGGAAGAGGAAGGGACAGUCCAGUUGCCACUUGAAGGACACUAUAGAGAUGAUCCAUCUGUAAUAAAUAUUUCUGAUGAGAUGUCAAAAACAGCCGUGUGGAAGACAAUGUUGAUAUCAUCAGACAAUACUAAGGAAAAGGAGUCCAGCUUUCCUUCUAAAAGCACUGAAAGCCGGAAAGAGAAGAAAGCUGACUCAGGGAAAGGCGUGGACCGCGAGACUUGUCUAUGACUUGCUCUUCUGUUUGCCUUUAGAAGCAAAUGCGGGGAGUGCCACGAUAAUAAGUGUACUGCUUUGAUCAGUUCAUUGUACAACCUGUCCUUCAUCCUAAAGUAGCACUGGUAAUGUAAGUAGUGCAGUUGUACUUCGGUUCACUGUCUGUUCGUCCUCGCUGGGCCAUUUGUACCUGCUGAAGCCAGCCAUAGCCAGGGAUGGAGUCCCUGUCCGUUCCUUCCCGGGGUUCCAGCGGUCUGAGCCUGUGUCGCCCAUUCAAGAAGCGAACAAAGUUCCCGUUCAGGCGUCUCUCCCCGUAGAUUUCCUAUGUUGCCUCGGUGGCUUAUUUUCAUUGCUUCUUCAUUUCACAAAACAAACACACUUGAAAUAGCCCUUGAUUUUUCUUUUUUGAAAAAUAGCUUAGCUUCCAGCCAGCUAUUUCAAGAAACCCAAGCAAACAAGAAAAUGUUAGUUUUAGAGCUAUUUUUAAAGCAAGGAGUGACUCAUUCCUAUAAACUUUUAACCAUAAGAAUGAAUCCCCACCCACCCCACACGCACCUGUUUAAAAUCAUGGCUUUUAUGUGUGUGACUGUGUGUGGGUGUGUGUAUGCGUGCACAUGUGUGUGGGUGUGGGGAUGUGUGUGUGUGUGUGUGUCACUUACAGGAUCAGACCCUCUAUUUGUGCAAUUUUCCUUGAUUUAAUACUGGAUAUUUAAUAUUUAAAUUUAUAUGUGACUGGAAAAAUAAAGUAAUAUAAUAUAUAAAGAUAUAUAGGAUAUAGUUAACAUUCUCUCAUCUUGUCUGGAAGAAGAGCCACAUCUGGUGAGGUGCAAUAUCCAUACAGUAUUUGUUGUGAAUGCAAGCUAUUAUUACAAUAUCUUACACUGUACUGUACUAAAUGUUGCAGUGGUGAGUCCAGCAGCUGCACUGUGGCAGAAAUGAUCUACAUUUUUUUUCUAGCUUUCUGGAUUAUAAUCCUUUACAGAACUGUGUAGUGAAGAUUUCCUUCCCCCAACUCAGGUUGAUUGGUUGGGCUACUUAUGCUUGAAUACUAUACUUAAAUUCUUAUAUAUUGUUCUAUACUUGUCUGACUAAAGACAAGUAUCAGUUUUAUCCAGGUAGAAACCCAAUAUAUAUAUUUUUGCUAGAGGGCUCUUUCCAGUAUUUUUCAUCACACUCUUGCUGGACAAUUCUCUCUCUCUCUCUCUCUCUCUCUCUCUUUCCCUCUUUCCUCUUUUUAGGUGAGGGCGGUGGCUUUUGUUUUGCUUUGUUUUUAGAAGAACGUUUUUGCAAUUUGUCAGUAAACUCUGGACAAGACGUCUAGGCAAAAGUCUUGAGCAUGUUUCAAGUUACAUUGAUAUCACAAGAAAAGACGUACGAUUGUGCUUAACUCUUUCAUUGAUACCAUACUCAAAUGUGCUUAAAUUAAGUCUAUAGUGAUGGUCCCAUUGAAAUGAAUGGACGUUUAAUACAGGUUUCAGUGGGCCAGAUUAUGACCACAAAAUGCUCACUUUUGAAAACAAAACAAAACUCAAUACUUGGCCUUUCUUAGGAAUAUAAUUGAAUUCCCUUGUACUUUCCACAUAUUUUCGAAUCGAGGUAACUUUUGUAUAUGCCAUAUAGAUUGUAUUUCUCCUGAGGUUUUUAUUAUUAGUCAAAGUGCAGUUGUCAAUGGCAUAAAACGGGAUCUGUCCCUUUUCCUACAUGCCGCUGCCUAUGCUAUGAAAGAUCUCCAUGAGAAUCAGUGGAGGCCUUUUCUCUCCUCCCUUUUCUCCUGGGCCAUUUUCAAUCAGGGUACACAGAGCUAGGUAUGGACAGCAAAGUACCCAACCGUUGCCUCUAACAGGAUGGUUGAGCACAUUUCCUGUAUGGAUCUGGCCUUACUGUUUGUCCAGAUAACUAGGUGCACAGAUUAAUCAUAGUUGGGACUUUCUUAAGUAAUCUCUGUAUGUGGAGGAGAGCAGAAUAUGUAUGGACAAGAGCUGAAAAGUUCAGUCUCCAUCAAGGUGGUCAACUGACCAUGUCAUUAAAAGGAGCUGUUGGUGCACUGCUAAGGUAUUGAAAUUGGUUGGUGCAUGGUUAGGAGAGAACUGGUUGCAAUAAAAAGUGAAUAUAAAAGUUUAUUUUGAUAUGUUUUUAACUUUUGGGAGGGGGGAAA